CAAUCUUGCUGCAGAUUGCAACACGUUUUCAGAUCCCUGAACUGUUGAGGGAAAUGUUACUCAUGGUUGUUCUCUCUUCGUGUUUCUGCUGUUUAGUGGAUGUGUUUGGUGAUGAAGUGAAGUCAGUGUCAGUGAUGGAGGGAGAUUCUCUUACUCUACACACUGAUACUAAACUACAGAGAGAUGAUCUGAUACUAUGGAGGUUUAAAGAUGUAAAUGACCCCAUAGCUACACUUGACAGAGCAGAAAAUAAAAUCUUAUAUAGCACUGAUGGGAGAUUCAAAGGCAGACUGAAUCUAAGUGCCCAUACUGGUGAUCUCACCAUCACAAACAUCAGAACUCAACACUCUGGAGAUUAUCAACUAGACAUCAAUGGAGAUGAGAUUACAACAAAGAAAUUCAAUGUUAUUGGUGUGAGUAACCCACAAUCAGAUCAACUAAAGUCAGUGUCAGUAAAGGAUGGAGAUUCUGUUACUCUACACACUGAUGUUCCUGAUAUCAAGAAAUAUGAUGAGAUACUGUGGAGGUUUCAAGGGAUUCGUAUAGCUGAAUUCAAUAAAUCAGCCAGUGAUCUAUUAGAAGAUAAGAAAUUUAAAGACAAACUGCAGCUGGAUGUUCAGACUGGAUCUCUUAAAAUCAGAAACAUCAGAACGGAUCUCUCUGGACUUUAUGAAGUAGAGAUCAGCAGCAUCAGCAGCAGUUAUACCAUACAUCAGUCAUUCACAGUUACUGUCCGUGGUGAAGUGAAGUCAGUGUCAGUGAUGAAGGGUGAUCCUGUCACAAUAUACACUGAUGUUCCUGACAUUAAAACCUAUGAUCAGAUACUGUUGAUCUUUGGUUGUGAUGAAAAACGGAUUGCUGAAGCCAAUAAACAGAACAAAAAGUUCACUCUCUAUGGAAGAAUCAAAGGCAGGCUGAAGCUGAACGAUCAGACCGGAGAUCUCACCAUCACAGACAUCAAAACUGAAGAUGCUGGACUUUAUGAACUGAAGAUGAGUAGCAAAAGAAGAACCAUUCAGAGGAGAUUCAGUGUUAUUAUCAGUGGUGGUCAGUCUCCAGGUGCUAUAGCAGGAAUAUCUGUUUUUAUCCUCCUGCUUAUUGCUGCUCUUGUAGCUGGUGGGAUUUACUAUCACCGUAAGAUCGAAGCAGAAAAAGAAAAACGGGAUGUAAUAAAAAUACUGGAAGUGGAUGAGGGGAAAUCUGCUGAUCUGAAGACUGAAGUUGAUACUGACCUACAGACAGUUGAGAAGAUAGAGUGGAGAUUUGGAGAAACUCUCAUUGCUGAAAUCAAUCCUGUAAACAAAAUCCCCACUACAUAUGAUGGUGCAUUCAGAGGUAAACUGAAUCUGAAUCCUCAGACUGGAGAUCUCACCAUCGAUGACAUCAGACAGAAACACACUGGAGAUUAUACACUGAAGAUCAUCAGAGAUGGAGAAACCUCAUACACGAGAUUCAGUGUGUUUGUCAGAGGUAAUGUAGAAGAACUGCGAGUGAAUGAAGAAAAAUCUGUCAGUCUGAAGACUGAAGUUACUAAAAUACAGAAAGAUGAUGUGAUAGAGUGGACAUUUGGAGAUAAAGAAACUCUCAUAGCUCAAAUCAAUCCUGCCAACAAAAGCCUCAAGCCAUCUGAUAAAGGUAUAUUCAGAGAUAAACUGAAGCUGAAUCCUCAGACUGGAGAUCUCACCAUCAAUGACAUCAGAUGGGAAAACACCGGCGUUUAUAAACUGAAGAUCACCAGAGGUGGAAAAACAUCAUACAAGACAAUAUCUGUGUCUGUCAGAUGUGAAACAAAAAUACUGGAAGUGGAUGAGGGGAAAUCUGUUGAUCUGACGACUGAAGUUAAAGACAUAAAGAGAGAUGAUGUGAUAGAGUGGAGAUUUGGAGAAACUCUCAUAGCUAAAAACAACCUUGCCUGCAAUAUCUUCAGUACAUAUGAUGGUGAUUAUGAUCUAUUCAGAGGUAAACUGAAGCUGAAUCAUCAGACUGGAGAUCUCAACAUCAAUGACAUCAGAGAGAAACACACUGGAGUUUAUACACUGAAGAUCAUCAGAGAUGGAGAAACCUCAGAAAGGAAAUUCAGAGUGUUUGUCAGAGAUGAAAUAAAAACACUGGAAUUGGAUGAAGGGAAAUCUGUUGAUCUGAAGACUGAAUUUGCUGACAUAAAGAGAGAUGAUCUGAUAGAGUGGACAUUUGGAAAAACUCCUAUAGCUGAAAUCAAACCUGUCAACAAUAUCUUCAGUACAUCUAAUGAUGAUCUAUUCAAAGAUAAACUGAAGCUGAAUCGUCAGACUGGAGAUCUCAACAUCAAUGACAUCAGACAGGAACACAAAGGAGUUUAUACACUGAGGAUCAUCAGAGGUGAAGAAACCUUAUACAGGAGAUUCAGUGUGUUUGUCAGAGGUAAUGUAGAAGUACUGCGAGUGAAUGAAGAAGAAUCUGUCAAUCUGAAGACUGAAGUUAAAGACAUACAGAGAGAUGAUGUGAUAGAGUGGAGAUUUGCAGAUAAUGGAACUCCCAUAGCUGAAAUCAAUCCUGCAAACAAUAUCUUCAGUAGAUCUGAUAAAGGUCUAUUCAGAGAUAAACUGGAGCUGAAUCCUCAGACUGGAGAUCUCAACAUCAGUGACAUCAGACAUGAACACACUGGAGAUUAUACACUGAAGAUCAUCAGAGGUGGAAAAACAUCAUACAAGACAAUAUCUGUGUCUGUAAAAUGUGAAACAAAAACACUGGAAGUGGAUGAGUGGAAAUCUGCUGAUCUGAAGACUGAAGUUAAAGACAUAAAGAAAGAUGAUGUGAUAGAGUGGAGAUUUGGAGAAACUCUUAUAGCUAAAAUCAAUCCUGCCAGCAAAACCUUCAAUACAUAUGAUGGUGAUGAUGAUCUAUUCAGAGAUAAACUGAAGCUGAAUGAUAAGACUGGAGAUCUCACCAUCAAUGACAUCAGACAGAAACACACUGGAGAUUAUAAACUGAAGAUCAUCAGAGAUGGAGAAACCUCAGAAAGGAGUUUCAGAGUGUUUGUAAGAGGUAAAGUAGAACAACUGCGAGUGAAUGAAGAAGAAUCUGUCGAUCUAAAGACUGAAGUUACUGACAUAAAAGAAGAUGAUGUGAUAGAAUGGAGAUUUGGAGAUAAAGAAACUCUCAUAGCUGAAAUCAAUCCUGCCAACAAAAGCCCCCAGCCAUCUGAUAAAGGUCUAUUCAGGGAUAAACUAAAGCUGAAUCCUAAAACUGGAGAUCUCAAAAUCAAAGACAUCAGAUGGGAACACUCUGGAGUUUAUAAACUGAAGAUCAUCAGAGGUGGAAAAACCUCAUACAAGACAAUAUCUGUGUCUGUCAAAUGUGAAACAAAAACACUGGAAGUGGAUGAGUGGAAAUCUGUUGAUCUGAAGACUGAAGUUAAAGACAUAAAGAGAGAUGAUGUGAUAGAGUGGAGAUUUGGAGAAACUCUCAUAGCUAAAAUCAACCUUGCAAACAAAAGCCCCACUACAUAUAAUGAUGAUCUAUUUCAAGAUAAACUGAACUUGAAUAAUCAGACUGGAGAUCUCAACAUCAAAGACAUCAGAGAGAAACACACUGGAGUUUAUAAACUGAAGAUCAUCAGAGAUGGAAAAACCAUAGUCAGGAAAUUCAGAGUGUUUGUCAGAGGUAAAGUAGAAGUACUGCGAGUGAAUGAAGAAGAAUCUGUUGAUCUGAAGACUGAAGUUACAGACAUACAGAAAGUUGAUCUGAUAGAGUGGAGAUUUGGAGAUAAAGAAACUCCCAUAGCUGAAAUCAGUCCUGCCAACAAGAUCUUUAGGACAUCUGAUAAAGGUUUAUUUAGAGAUAAUCUGAAACUGAAUCGUCAGACUGGAGAUCUCACCAUCAAUGACAUCAAAUGGGAACACUCUGGAGUUUAUACACUGAAGAUCACCAGAGGAGGAAAAACAUCAUACAAGACAAUAUCUGUGUCUGUCAGAUGUGAAACAAAAAUACUGGAAGUGGAUGAGGGAAAAUCUGCGGAUCUGAAGACUGAAGUUACUGACAUAAAGAAAAAUAAUGUGAUAGAGUGGAGAUUUGGAGAAACUCUUAUAGCUAAAACCAAUCCUGCCAACAAAAGCCCCAGUACACCUGACAAAGAAAAACUGAAGCUGAAUGAUCAGACUGGAGAUCUCAACAUUAAUAACAUCAGACAGAAACAAACUGGAGUUUAUAAACUGAAGAUCAUCAGUGGUGGAAAAGCCUCAGUCAGGAGAUUCUAUGUGUCUGUCAGAGGUAAUGUAGAAGAACUGCGAGUGAAUGAAGAACAAUCUGUUGAUCUGAAGACUGAAGUUACUGACAUAAAGGAAGGUGAUCUGAUAGAGUGGAGAUUUGGAGAUAAAGAAACUCCCAUAGCUCAAAUCAAUCAUUCCCUUAAAAGCUUCAGUACAUCUGAUAAAGGUCUAUUCAGAGAUAAACUGACGCUGAAUCAUCAAACUGGAGAUCUCACCAUCAAAGACAUCAGAUGGGAACACUCUGGGGUUUAUAAACUGAAGAUCACCAGAGGAGGAAAAACAUCAUACAAGACAAUAUCUGUGUCUGUCAGAUGUGAAACAAAAACACUGGAAGUGGAUGAGGGGAAAUCUGUUGAUCUGAAGGCUGAAGUUGAAAACAUAAAGACAGGUGAUGUGAUAGAGUGGACAUUUGAAGAAACUCUCAUAGCCACAAUCAACCAUGCAAACAAAAGCCCCAUUACAUAUGAUGAUCUAUUCAAAGAUAAAUUGAAUCUGAAUCGAGAAACUGGAGAUCUCACCAUCAAUAACAUCAGACAGAAACACACUGGAGAUUAUACACUGAAGAUCACCAGAGAUGGAGAAACCUCAGACAGGAGUUUCAGAGUGUUUGUAAGAGGUAAUGUAGAAGAACUGCGAGUGAAUGAAGAAGAAUCUGUCAAUCUAAAGACUGAAGUUACUGAAAUACAGAAAGAUGAUGUGAUAGAGUGGAGAUUUGGAGAUAAAGAAACUCUCAUAGCUCAAAUCAAUCCUGCCCUCAAAAGCCCCAGUACAUCUGAUAAAGGUCUAUUCAGAGAUAAACUGAAGCUGAAUCCUCAGACUGGAGAUCUCAACAUCAAAGACAUCAGAUGGGAACACACAGGAGUUUAUAAACUGAAGAUCACCAGAGGAGGCAAAACAUCAUACAAGACAAUAUCUGUGUCUGUCAGAUGUGAAACAAAAACACUGGAAGUGGAUGAAGGGAAAUCUGCUGAUCUGAAGACUGAAGUUAAAGACAUAAAGAGAGAUGAUGUGAUAGAGUGGAGAUUUGGAGAAACUCUCAUAGCCAAAAUCAACCCUGCAAACAAUAUCUUCAGUACAUAUGAUGAUGAUCUAUUCAGAGGUAAACUGGAGCUGAAUCAUCAGACUGGAGAUCUCAACAUCAAUAACAUCAGACAGGAACACACUGGAGUUUAUAAACUGAAGAUCAUCAGAGAUGGAGAAACCUCAGACAGGAGUUUCAGUGUGUUUGUCAGAGGUGAUGUAGAAGUACUGCGAGUGAAUGAAGAAGAAUCUGUCGAUCUGAAGACUGAAGUUACUGACAUAAAGAAAGUUGAUCUGAUAGAGUGGAGAUUUGGAGAUAAAGAAACUCCCAUAGCUGAAAUCAAUCCUGCCAACAAUAUCUUCAGGUUAUCUGAUAAAGGUCUAUUCAGAGAUAAACUGAAGCUGAAUCAUCAGACUGGAGAUCUCACCAUCAGUGACAUCAGAUGGGAACACACAGGAGUUUAUAAACUGAAGAUCAUCAGAGGAGGAAAAACAUCAUACAAGACAAUAUCUGUGUCUGUCAGAUGUGAAACAAAAACACUGGAAGUGGAUGAGGGGAAAUCUGUUGAUCUGAAGACUGACGUUACUGACAUACAGAGAGUUGAGAAGAUAGAGUGGAGAUUUGGAGAUAAAGAAACUCUCAUAGCUGAAAUCAAUCCUGCAAACAAGAUCUUCAGGACAUCUGAUGAUGAUCUAUUCAGAGAUAAACUGAAGCUGAAUCAUCAGACUGGAGAUCUCAACAUUAGUGGCAUCAGAGAGAAACACACUGGAGUUUAUAAACUGAAGAUCAUCAGAGAUGGAGAAACAUCAGACAGGAGAUUCAUAGUGUUUGUCAAAGGUAUUGAGAAAGAAGAUUCAAAGGAGAAGACAGGAAAUGAUUUAGAGGUGAAGACAGAAAUCAAUUCAGAGAAGACAGAAAACAAAUGAGAGCGUCCAAAUGAGGAGAUUCAGUGAGGAAGAGCGGAGAAGAUUUAGUGGAGACAGAGAUUCAGACAUUAUUGACUAAUAACAGUCAGCAGCAGUGAUCUUCCUUCAGUUUAACCUCAUCAACAUUACAAACACAUCAGCAUCAUUACCCUCAUAUCAAUGAGUUUAAAUAAUACACCUGUGUGUGCUCAUCAUGAACCAGAGGAAAUGACUUCCUUUUGAUUUGCAGAUACAUUUAAACAUUUCAAUAGCUUGAAUAAAUUAAGUUAAUAGAAAGGUAAGUAUAUUAUACAUAUAAUAAAAGUUAAGUAAAUUAUAAAGUGAUUGAACACAUUUGUUGUUAACGCUGAUCUACAAACAACAAACUACUAUAAACUUUGAUAUUUAUGUUUUAACAUAAAUAAUAUCUGUAGAUCCAAUCAUUGUGUGCUGCAUGUAUUAUUUGCUGUUUCAUGUAACUUUACCAGUGUUAUAAAAACAAAUACCUAAAUACCUAACGUAUAUCUAACAGAUCUGAUUGAUGUUUGUAUAUUUGUUGAUAUUAGCUGACAUCAAAUGUCCCUCUCCCUGUGUCCUAGUAUUCAUACUUUACUCAUAUACAGUAUGCAAAACGAUGAGUGUUUAAAUGAGUAAAUGUGAAUCUGCAGAUAAAACUGUGUUUUAUUUGUUAAACUGAUGAUCUGCGGAUCUUCACUUAUAGUUAGUGUCUAACCAGUGGUCAGUUUUCUAUCCCAUAAUGCCACAGGGGCAGAGGAGACAUCAGAUUCAUGAAAUAAAACAUAAAUAAAUCUGUAAACUUGAAUCAUUUGAGGGGUUUUCUAGUCUAGUUGUGUUUCUGAUGCUAUGUGAUGCUAGCAGCAGCUUUAGGUUUAAUUUCUCUCUCAUUAGUUUAUCAGUGAAUAUUAACAUAUAUAGUCGUGCAUAAAUGCUUUUAUGUUCAAAUGUAAGAGCUACAUGUAACAAAAACAUCAUUCCUGUGGUUAAAUUGCUCUGAUCAACUUAUUUUUAACAUAUAUGUAUUGAUACUAAACACCUGUGUACCCUAAGCAUGACCUUUAUUGAGAAGUAAAUAGUGUUGAUACUCUGUAAAGUACAGAUUCAGCUCAUGUAGCUCAAGUGUCUCAGUCUAAAGGGAUAAAGUGUUUGUGUUGAAGAAUAAAGAAAUCAGACUUUAAUGAAUCAGUGUUAUAUUGACUGAUAGAUUAUGUGUUAUGUGUUAGACUGGUUUGAUUUUAUGAAGGUUUUCACCAAGUCACUAAAUUAUUUUAGCUUUUUUUUAAAGCUUUGCCAAAUGUUUAUAUUCUAAACUAUGUGACUUGUUUUAUUAUCAUUGUAACAAAUAGUAAACAACUACAAAUAUUCAUUUUGUUAUUAUAUAUUAAUAUUGUUUGUGUCAUAGAGACUUUGUCUCAGAGAAUGUUAAUCUAAUGUCUGAAAUUUUAAUUCAAUGCAGACUGAAUCUGUACAUGCAUUAUACAAUCUUUUUGCUCUGCAUGAUGCAUAGAUUUAUAGCACUUAAUUCAAAGCUUGCACUAAACCAAAUAAUCUCUGUCUAGUUACUUUUCUCUGAACAGUGUAUUGUAACAGCUUUCAUAUGACAAAUCACGUAUGUUAUAUCCUCAUGUUGUUAAAUAAACGCAUCUGAUAAAUGUCA